UCAGUGUGAGGUGGCUGGAGGAAGCCUGUGUGCAGUGAAGCGUGGGGUGGAGAGACUGAGAAAGGGAGGGAGAGAGCAAGAGACACGGGAAUGAAGGAGAGAAGCAGAGGGAGGGUAAAAAGUUUAGAGUUGAGCUUAGGGGGCGUAGGCAGGGACAGAGACCCAGGAUCUCAUUUUGUUGUUCUGUUUCUGAGCUCAGCUGAAACACAGGAAACAGGGAUGAAGCCUGCCUGAGAUUUCUCCAACUCUUCUGUGUUAAGGUGUGUCCUCACCCCCAGCCGUGUCUGUGAAUGUCUGUCACCAUGGCUAAGCGUGAGACUGGCAGCACAAGUCCAGUGGUGCGACAAAUAGACAAGCAGUUCCUGGUCUGCAGCAUCUGCCUCGAUCACUUCCACAAUCCCAAAGUGCUACCCUGCUUACACACCUUCUGCGAACGGUGCUUACAGAACUACAUCCCUCCCCAGUCACUGACGCUGUCGUGUCCGGUGUGCCGACAGACUUCUAUCCUGCCUGAAAAAGGUGUAGCGGCACUGCAGAAUAACUUCUUUAUCACCAAUCUGAUGGAGGUGCUGCAGAGGGAUCCGGAAUGUUCCCGUCCUGAGGCAUGCAACGUGCUGGAGUCUGUGAGCGCAGCAGCUGCUGGGAAGCCUCUUUCCUGCCCAAAUCACGAGGGCAAGGUGAUGGAGUUUUACUGUGAGUCGUGUGAAACAGCCAUGUGUUUAGACUGCACAGAGGGGGAACACAGAGAACAUGUCACUGUCCCGCUGAGAGAUGUUCUGGAACAGCACAAAGCAGCACUGAAGAAUCAGCUGGAUGCCAUUCGCAACAGGUUGCCUCAGCUGACAGCUGCAAUUGAACUGGUGACUGAGAUCUCCAGGCAGCUGAUGGAGCGGAAGACUGAAGCAGUGAAUGAGAUCAGCAGUACGUUUGAGGAGCUGGAGAGGGUUCUGCACCAACGUAAGACUGCCCUCAUCACUGACCUAGAGAACAUCUGCAGCUCCAAGCAGAAGGUGCUGCAGUCCCAGCUGUUGUCCCUGCAACAGGCAAAAGAACAUAUUGAGAGUAGCUGCAGCUUCACAGAGCAGGCGCUGAGCCAUGGGGGUGCUGCCGAGGUGCUGCUUGUGCAGAAGCAGAUGGGGGAGCGUGCAGGUGCUCUGGCCUGUCACACCUUCCCUGAGCGACCGCAUGAGAACGGACACCUGCAGUGCCGCCUAGAGACAGAGGGCCUGAGGCGAUCCAUCCAGAACCUGGGGGUCCUGAUCACCACUAGUGCUGUCGGACACACCAGCGUGGCCACCGGAGAGGGCCUGAGGCACGCCGUUAUUGGCCAGCACAGCACCAUCACCGUUACCACCAAGGACAAGGAAGGAGAAUUGGUGAGAAGUGGCAAUGCACUUCUAAAAGCAGAUAUCACAGGGCCGGAAGGAAGCAAAGCAGUUGAGGUGGAGGUAGUGGACAAUAAAAACGGCACAUACGAAGUGGGCUACACGCUGAGGAGUGAGGGAGAGUAUUCUUUCUCAUUGAUGCUAUAUGGCCAGCCUGUGAGAGGGAGUCCGUUCAGACUGCGUGCCAUAAAGCCCAGCGACGUGCCUCAGUCUCCUGAAGAUGUGAAAAGAAGGGUGAAGUCACCCAGCGGAAGUGGAGGACACAUCAGGCAGAAAGCUGUCCGAAGACCCUCCAGCAUGUACAGCACUACUAAGAAGAAGGAGAAUCCUAUUGAGGAUGAGCUUAUCUACAGAGUAGGCACAAGAGGCAGAGAGAAGGGCGAGUUCACUAAUCUUCAAGGCAUCUCCACCUGCAGCGGCAGAGUUGUAGUGGCAGACAGCAACAACCAGUGUAUUCAGGUAUUUACUAAUGAUGGACAGUUUAAGCUGAGGUUUGGCGUGCGAGGCCGCUCACCAGGGCAGCUGCAGCGACCCACAGGCGUGGCAGUAGACAUGAACGGAGACAUCAUAGUAGCUGAUUAUGAUAAUCGAUGGAUAAGCAUCUUCUCCUCAGAAGGGAAGUUUAAGAAUAAAAUCGGUGCCGGGAGGCUAAUGGGGCCGAAGGGCAUUGCGGUGGAUAGGAACGGUCACAUCAUUGCUGUUGAUAACAAGGCAUGCUGUGUCUUCAUCUUCCAGUCCAACGGGAAACUGGUCACCAGGUUUGGGGCAAGGGGCUCGUUGGACAGACAGUUUGCAGAAAAAAGUGGUUCAAACUUUGCACAGGAGCAAAAGCUUAGUAAAUCUGGCCCUGGGUUCAGUCCACACUUUGUGGCUGUCAACAACAAGAACGAAAUCAUAGUAACAGACUUUCAUAACCACUCGGUUAAGGUGUUCAGUGCAGACGGCGAGUUCCUCUUUAAAUUUGGCUCACAUGGUGAAGGAAAUGGACAGUUUAAUGCCCCGACAGGAGUGGCUGUUGAUGCAAAUGGGAACAUCAUUGUAGCAGACUGGGGUAACAGCAGGAUACAGGUGUUUGACAGCUCAGGCUCUUUCCUGUCCUACAUUAACACCAGCGCAGACCCACUGUAUGGGCCACAGGGUUUGGCGCUCACGUCUGAAGGCCAUGUGGUUGUUGCAGACUCGGGGAACCACUGCUUUAAAGUGUAUCGCUAUCUGCAGUAGUGCUCCAGCACUCCUGCUUUCACUCUCCUACUGUUUUGCACGUUCAGCUAAAAUCAAUUCCCUUAACCAAACUAAAGAGGAUGAGCAGAAAGCAUGAGAGCAUUUUUCUUUCACAGUGCAGUUCUCCAAAAAAUACUUUUUUUUUUUUUUUUUUUUUUUUUAAUUUUAUUUAUGAUGGUGAACUAGACCUUAUGAUUGUUUAGAGUGGAUUUGGGAGAGUGAUAUAAUAAGCACACAUUGUACAGUUAUUCACCUUUAGGUUGAAAAGAGAUCGGUAAAAGUGAGAAUAAUUUGUGUACAGCACUUUCUCUGAAGCAUGCAUUCAUAAAGCGACAGUAGUGUGUGUGUGUCAUUUCUGCCAUUUGGUAACUGCAGACAUUUUUUAAAAAUAAAUAAAUUUUAAAAUGGCUAAUAAAAAUACAUGUUGAUAUAAAUUCAUUUCUUUAUAACAUGUAAACAUUUACUUUUAGCCUAAUUCCAGAACUUGUACAUAAGCACAAGCGCAGUGCUGCAGCUUAAUUUAGAAAACUCAAUGAUAAUUAAUUAUUCGUAUAUUUUUUCAGGGAUUUUCAAAAGUCAGCAAUUAAGACACUUGUAAUAAAUAGGGACUCUUAAAUGACAUGUUAUUAAGGAAUUAAUUAUACAUCAUGGUGCGUUAAUUACCAAAUUUCAACGAAUACUCUUGUGAUUAUUAUACGGCUGCAAUGCUUCAUGAAUACAGGCAUCACAGAAAGUAUAAACAUUUUUAAAGUCUAAACUUUACUGAGGCUUUGCUAGUUUCUUAGAUCAGCAGUGAAAUUAGACCUUGAACCCUCUUGCCAGCUCUACUUCCUGUCUCUCUGUUAAACACACUCAUCCUCUUUGUCUUUUUGACUGCAAACCAUAUUUGUGGAUUUUGAUGCCUGUGUAUUUGUACCUAUGCGCAUAAACAAGUGUCUGUAAAUAUGCAUAUGUGUGUAUAUAUACAGGGGAGAGUAUAUAUGUAAUCUGUAAAUGGUACCACACUUUGGCUUCCCAUCAUCGAUGUCACUGAGCUGGUGUUAGACUACAGACUACUGCGUUUACAGCAGGAUGCCGCGGCCGAAAAGGACUCUAAUUAUUUUUCUAUUUCGUUAUUUCAUUACGUUUCGAGCUGUCCUAUCAAUGUAAAAAAAAAAAAAAUUAACCCUUGGUGACUGAGGUAAAAAAAACAAAUAAAUAAAUAAAUAAAUAGCAGGGUUUAGAUAAAUGUUUUGUUAAUCACAUUGCAGUGUGUUUGCACAUCGAGUCGCAUACUCAGAAUAUCUUUGUAAAUAAUCAUUUCAGUUUCUACAGCCGACGCAUCGUAGUACUUUCUGUGGCAGUGGAAAAGUCGUCUUUUAAUCAGUAUUUAAUUGUUUUUUAUUUAUUUGAUGUUUUGUACAGAUUUUGUUCUGUUUUUUUUUAUAAUCUCUGCAUAAGUCCUCACCAGCCAAAGCUUUUAACUCUCUCUUUUUUUGUACAUUUUUCUCAUUGCUUUUGGGAGCCUCAAACGUUUGUCUUGAGGUAUUGUAUAAGGUGCUGUUCAGACCGGAACAGAAGUUCAUUAUUUUAUUUUAUUUUAUUUUUUAAUCACUUACACUCAUUACAGUCAUGUCGAGGUGGUGUAACGUGAGAGCUUUUUGGGUGUUGUUUCUGGACUGCAGUUAAAAGUGGGGAAAGUUGUGCAUGUUGAGGCUGCUCCAGCAAUGUGGACAUUUAAAGAAAAAAAGUAAUAAUCAGUUUUGUUAUAUCUACUAACUGUAAAUGACUAUGUGAGUAUUUUGUAUUUCUGUCCCACGUCAGACGUCUCAGAGCAGUGGUUCAGUAGUGGGGACGUGUCACUCUGCACGUUUGUGUGUUUUUAUGUUAAGCAGGCUUCGACUUGGUCUUCAAAUCUUUGUGCAUCUCGAACACUAGAGUGUGGCGAGUUAUUCCUCUAUUCCUUUAGGUUUUUAAAAAAUCUUGCAAGAACGUUUGAGACUUUUAUCAUACUUCUUUGCUGAUGCUCAUUUUUUCUUUUUCCCCUUUAUAUCAUGACCUAGUGCACAUGUGUAAAUCAGCUCAUUACUCCUUAUUACUUCUCAGUGCUAAAGCUGACGUAGGCCUGCAGUGCAUUAUGGGAAUGGCUUCUAUGCAUUGUAGAUGUCUUAAAAUAGUUAAUAGUUACUAAGAAUAGAAGUUUUAGCAUAAAGCAAACUAGUUUUUGAGUAACAGGACUGAUCCAUAGUCAGUUUCCGUCCUCCACAAUUGUGCGUUUGCAAAAAGAGAGCAAAAUAGCUGAACCUCAUCUCUGAGACGCCCAACAUCCACAUAUCCACACGGCACUUACUGAUCAUCAUCACUAACUCCUUCCAGAGCAAAAUUUAGAACCCAUCUUUAACUAGAAAUCAUUCAAUAAUAAUAAUAAUAAUAAUAAAAAGUCUUGUACAUGAAAUUUUCAAUGUCUUCACUGAUCGAUUCUAACAGUGUGUAAUUAAAAGUGUAAAUAUAAAGUUAUUUAAACACCUAUGCAUCUCUUUGUGGAUCAGAAAAGCUGUCUCGGUCUCACGUUCUCACACACCCUUUAUAUAAAACGUGUCUCGUUCAACACUGGAGCUUGUCCCGGUAUAAUUCUAGAGCUUUCAUAAAGCCGUUGCUUUAUAUUGUGACACCAGUGAAAAUCACCACCCAAAAUCAUGAGAUUUAUUGAGUGCCUAUAAUUACUUGUGAAAUAUUUAAUCCAAAUCUCAACACAAAUUAGCCUGCUCCUAAUUAACAAUUUUAAUAACACACUACAUCUCUAAUCGGUAGGCAAGAUAUUAAUGUACAAAAUUUAAACAGUUGGAUUACAUUCAGAAAAUAAAUCAGAGGGGGGCUGUGGGUGUUUUCUUACAGUUUAA